CACCAACCUGCCUCUCUGGAUGAAGGAAAGGGGGUGAGAAAGGGAAGCUGUUCCAAGAUUUUAUCAGCUGCUGAGUAGUGAGAGCCAGAUAGAGAGCACGUCUGGGAAUCGCUGCAGAUAGGAAACACAAGGACAGAGACAGGCAGACAGCUCACUGAGGAUGGUCAUCUUUUCGCAUGGCAGUCCACGUUUGGCUGGCAGAGGGUUUUGUUCAGUUGAUGUUGUCAUUACACAGGGAACUCUUCAUACAGAAACGGUCUUUGUGGCUGUUUUGUUAUUUCGUGUUGUAUAGCUAAGUUCACUUCAUGUCACCAUGCGUGACAAGAUAAUUGAAACUUUUUGAGCUCUCGCGGGUUGCCUGUGGGGAUCAAAGACUAGAAUCUUAUUGUGGAUCAUUUGACCGAAUAAAUAAUCAUUAUCUUAUCAUCACCUCAAACUCUUUGGCAAGGAAAGGAAAGACUGAAAUAAAUCUCCCUUAUCGCUAAGAGCUUAGCUCUUCUCUCGACUUUCCCCCGCGGUGUGAGCAACUGUCCUCUUGUAGUCCUUGCGUAGUGUGGUCGCUAAAUUGCUAAUAAUCAGUGUUUGUAAUGUAUUAUUAUUAUUUUUUAAGUUAAACGUUUUUUGUUAAAAGUUUUAACUUCAUUCAGACAGACAUAUCAAACACACCAUUUACUCCGACGUGGUGUACAGACAGGUUGUUAGGGUGUUAGUCUGCCACUAUGCAGCCUGAACGAGCACAUAAAGCUGUGUGUGGGCAGAGCCUGCUGUCCAUCGCCCUCAGGGUGUAUCUAAACAACAAGAACAGACUGCAGCCCAUCAUCGGUUUGAGCUACGUGACAGAGUGUGUGACGCUCGGCCGGGACUCUGAGGCGGUGUACCUGUGUGAGGUGUGUGUGUGUCGUCUCAGUAAGGCUGACGUCAGGAGCCACAUCAUGGGGAGUCUCCAUAGAUACAGAUACAUAAAAGUCGAUCACCCUCACUUUGUGUCAGAGUGGAAGCCGAGUCCUGACCUGUCAAUGCUGGCCCGGCCUCUUAUGGAGAUGGCUCAAAUACUAGAGAAGAGAGAAGGAACUGGGGACGUACAGGUGCUGGAGUUGGAUGCUGCCAUUUAUGAGGAGAUGACGUUGCACAGUGACAUCGAUGCUCUCAUCCUCUUGCAUGCCAUCAGGACUGGGCGGGAGCAGAGAAAUCUCAAGAGCCAAUCAGAGAAGCCAUCAGUCCAGUCGGAGUAUCUCGCCAUCCGAUCACAGAGAACCAUUAUAUCACCUCAGAGGCUCUACGUCCAACCUGAGAAGCCUGUUGUCCAGAUUGAUAACCGAACUGUCCUAUGGAAGAGUCCGACUGCCCGGAGGAACUCAUCUGGCCAAUCAGAGAAGUCCCCUAUAUUGCGGCAGAGUGUUUCUGUCCAAUCACAACUCAGCUCGGGGAAGGAGGAGAGGUUUUUCCAUGAAACCAAGCCUCUGAUUGGUGCUUCACUAAAGUGUCCUGCGUCAGCGUUACCAUGGCAGCAUGACCCCUCUCUUUCACCGACCCCUGAUUAUGUCACAGAUGGAGGUCAGACAUCACUGGGUGGUUCUGAGGAGGCGGGACUACAGGGGGUUGCAUCGAAGGUGAUUCGCUGUGAGCCGGUGUUCAAGGUGAUUCUGUCUAUGACUGACGGUCCCCUGCUGCUGGAGAGGAACUCCUUCAGCCUGGAAACCUCCCUUUCACACUCCUUACCCCUUCACUCCCCACCAUAGAUGCCUCCACCCAGCCCCAUCCCACACCCAUCCCACAUUCUGUCAGAUCAACUGACAGAAUGUACCAAACAGGAGAAAGAUCAACUGACAGAAUGUACCAAACAGGAGAAAGAUCAACUGACAGAAUGUACCAAACAGGAGAAAGAUCAACUGACAGAAUGUACCAAACAGGAGAAAGAUCAACUGACAGAAUGUACCAAACAGGAGAAGGGACAACUGACAGAAUGUACCAAACAGGAGAAAGAUCAACUGACAGAAUGUACCAAACAGGAGAAGGGACAACUGACAGAAUGUACCAAACAGGAGAAGGGACAACUGACAGAAUGUACCAAACAGGAGAAGGGACAACUGACAGAAUGUACCAAACAGGAGAAAGAUCAACUGACAGAAUGUACCAAACAGGAGAAGGGACAACUGUAUGCUACAGGAGCGAGGCUAACUGACUGUUAGUUGAUGGAGAAAGAGGAACAAUGCAGAGCUGAAACUCAGGAAGGAGUUGGAGGGGGAGAAAUGGGGGUCAUGGGGGAGGAAAGCUGAGAGAGAGGGAGGUAAACUCUGGCUUUCACCACCAACAGUAUUUUCAAGGCCAGCCUCCACAACGGAACCAGGCGCAGGGGUUUACAGAAGCUCAGGUUGACACAGCAGCUCUCAGACAUGACAUAGCACUUCAUAGGGAUCAGGCAGGGCCAUUCCUUCACAGAGGAGACAUGAGCAUUCGUAUGGGUGACAUAGCAGGUGCAGUUGUGUGAGUUCAGAGGUCAGAGUUCAGAGGAGCGUGGUCCUACAGAGCCAAACAGCUGACCCCUGACACCUAUAGAACAGGUCCGCAGGGUUACGAGACACACCCUGGUCCUUACCCAGAGGGCCACAGAAUGAACCGUGACCCUUACCGAGUUUGUUUCUGAUGGGAUCAGAACCAACCCUGGCCCACACCUCUUUCCCACUAACCCUAUCGGGUUCAAACCCCAGCCCCUCCCGUACACUCGCUAUCCACUCACCCAGGGGAUUGCACCCCAUCCAUACCUUGAUCCUUUC